AUGGAGUCAUUAGAAUGCGAGCUAAAGAUCGGCAUAGACUUGCUUGAUGACAAGAUAAAAAGAGUCGAAGUCAUCAGCCAAAUAAUAGAGAGCGUGUCUGAGCUCGCACGCAGCAGCAAAACACACAGCCAAGUGCAGGACCUAGAGGAGUACUACAUGUCACAAAUAAACAGAUGGAUGGCCUUUGGAGAGAAGAAAACUCGGCAGAUGGAGGAGCAAGAAGUUAUUCUCCUGGAAACACAGAGAAAGUACUUGGGGUCUCUGAAGAGAAUAAAAGAGCUGGAAGAUGAAAUGGAGAAUGUAAAGGAAAAGUAUCUACACUACAAAACAGCCUCUUUUUCCAGUGUAGAAAAGUGA